AUGGCCAUGGGUAAAACUAAAACUACCAAAGUAAUUAAUAACGUUGUUAGUGUCCGUGAGUCAAAAAGGGUUGAUGAGGUUGUUAAAAACACCAAAUUUUCUGUUUUUGUUGACGAGACUACUGACGUUACUAAUGAAAAAUGGAUGACUUUGAUGGUUCGCUACGUUGAUCCACAAACUUUACUCGUUAACACCGAGUUGUUGAAAUUAAUCCAUAUCGAUGCUAUUAACGGUAGUGCCGACCGAUUGGUUCAACAAUUCAUCAGUGCGAUAGCUGAAAAGGAAGUUCCUCUGAAUCAAAUCAUUAGUCUUGCCUGUGGCAAUGCUUCGGUCAUGGUUGGUCGAAAUAAUUCUUUCAAAGUUCAUUUGAGUAAGAAAAUCCCUAACCUUUUAACUCUCCCCUGCAUUUGCCAUUCUUUAGCACUUGUCGCUAAAGAUGCCAGUACUGCCAUACCCUCGAAAGUUCAUUCUUUCGUUGCGGAUAUUUCUUCUUUUAUUAAUAAUAGCCCAAAACGAAGCGCAAUUUUCUCCCAAUUUCAGGAUUUUUAUGAUGAAAAUCCUUCUAAAGUUACUCGAUUUGCUGCUACUCGAUGGUUGUCUCGUCAAAUAGCAAUUACUAGGAUUUUAGAUAAUUGGCAGGCGAUUAGAGGUUUUUUGAUUGACCAAUCUUCAGAAAAAAGUGCAGCUGCUGAUACCUUAAUAGAAACUAUGAAGGAUCCCUCGACGAAAGCGUAUUUACUUUUCUUGCAAUGGGCACAUGAACCUUUUAAUAAGAUCAAUGCUCAUUUCCAAGGAAAUGAUACGCUAGUCGGUCAACUGCAACCUUUUUCGAAAAGAUUGUUCACUGAAAUUCUGCAAAAGUUCAUGAAAUCUGCCUUAUUGAAGCCUGAAAUCUUUGACAAUGGAGUUCACGAAAUAAACUUUGGAUUAAUCACAAAUCAACUUGAUUUGUCUAAAGUCGACGUCGGAGCAAAUUGUGAAGAUUUCUUACGGCUUCAAUUAAGAUCAGGCGAUCCUAAAUCUGAAUCAAUUGUUCACCAGGUGCAUGUCAAUUGUUGA